UGUAUACAGACGCACCGCCUCCUCACGCGCUCACCUGAGCAGACAGACCGGAGAGCGAGAGACAGACCGGAGAGCGAGAGACAGACCGGAGAGAGACGGGAGAGCGACAGACAGACCGGAGAGAGAGAGACAGACCGGAGAGAGACAGACCGGAGAGAGACAGACAGACAGACCGGGGAGAGAGAGAGAGACAGCCCGGAGAGCGACAGACAGCCAGACAGACAGCAUGGAGGCCAUCUGGCUGUACCAGUUCCGGUUGAUCGUGAUCGGGGACUCCACGGUGGGGAAGUCGUGUCUGAUCCGUCGCUUCACGGAGGGUCGCUUCGCCCAGGUCUCAGACCCCACGGUCGGCGUGGACUUCUUCUCCCGCCUGGUGGAGAUCGAGCCGGGCAAGAGGAUCAAGCUGCAGAUCUGGGACACCGCGGGGCAGGAGCGAUUCAGGUCCAUCACCAGGGCGUAUUACCGUAACUCUGUGGGCGGCCUCCUCCUAUUCGACAUCACAAACCGUCGCUCUUUCCAGAACGUCCAUGAUUGGCUGGAGGAAGCUCGCAGCCACGUCCAGCCGCACAACAUCGUCUUCUUAUUGGUCGGCCACAAGUGUGACCUGGAGGCACAGCGCCAGGUAACUCGGCAGGAAGCAGAGAAGUUGGCGGGGGCGUACGGGAUGCGCUACGUCGAGACGUCGGCCCGCGACGCCAUCAACGUGGAGCACGCCUUCACCGAGCUGACCAGAGAUAUCUUCGCUCUGGUGCGGACCGGAGACAUCACGAUCCAGGAGGGAUGGGAGGGCGUGAAGAGUGGGUUCGUCCCCAAUGUGGUUCACUCCUCGGAGGAAGUGACCAAGAGCGACCGCCGCUGUCUGUGUUGAUCUGGCAAGAGUUUUGGGAACUGAAGAUGAAAAGAGGGAAGGGAUCCAGGAAGGAUUCAGAGGAGAGUGGGCUGAGAUGUCAGCCCUCUUGACUUUAACCCUCUGUGGUUCAGACUGGAUACGAAAGGAGAGGUUUGAGGACUUUUAAUAAAAGGUAAAAACCAGACAAGAACACCUUGAACGUGGGUGGACACAAAAGGGUUGUGCCCAUAUCUGUUUGGUUUCCCAGAGAGGAAGGAUAACAGAUGCUCAUUUACUCACGAGGGCUCAAAUGAUUUGUUUUGGUUUGCUUGAAAAUCUCACCCUUAGCAUCUUAGAAAGGCCUUAGGAAAAGGAUCCAUUUGGGUUUUUCGCCAAAAUCAAUGAGACUAAUCUUUCUUUCACAUUCACCUAGCCUUCCACUAAUCUCUCCUCCAAUAUGCAAUUACAUGAUCACUUAGGACAUGAUCACUUUACGUUGAGGUGCAACAUCCUCAGAGCACAUAUUAUUUAAAAAAAGUUAAGUGGGCGCCCUUAGAUUCCUCGUUAACAAGAGUCUUGUUUCUCUUGUGCUGACAUUUUGCUCCACAUUCCACUAUCAGGGGUCAAUGGAGGAGUCCUGGAGGGCCUGCGUUUAAUGAGGGAUUUCCUUUCCUGGAGCUGGGAACACUAUUUCUCUUUGAAGCAAUUAAGGCCUCCUGUGAGCUCAAUGACAUUGACUUCAUGGUAAUAUCCAGUAUCAUUCUGCUAAAUACCGCACUAUAAUAAAACGUUGUCACCCAUCCAGUUCCUAAUGGACUCCUUUAGCAGGAUAAGACAACGUGUACAGCUAAACGGACCGAGGUGGACUAACUUACGACGCCUCAUUGUAUGCCUUGAACUGGGGAAUUGUUAAGAUUGACUAAUAGGAGUGUUGGAGCCAGAAAGCACUUUAACAGCCAAGUUUAACUUAACUGUGGAGCCUCGUUUGGGACUACAGACGAACACAGAGAUAAUGUAUUCCUUGAAAGCAAAGAGACGGACCAGACCAUGGACUCCAAACAACAAGGGUCACACAAUAUCCACAAUGCACGCAUACAGGCAAUAUAAUCAUGCAAAGAAUGUCCAAUUGGCGGGCGUUAAAUCAACCCAACACAGAUACAGGCGAUCACGGAAAUUACAAGGUUACACUUUGUCCUGAUUCGGUGGUUUACAUGCUUUUUAUGUUUUUGCGCAAGUCACAAACCUUUAUUUUCAUUUUUUAAAUACUUAAAUGCAACAGAUUGAUGUACCCGGCACGGUUACUUGGGAUUUUGAUUUGUCUGUCCUUGCUAUGAUGUCUGUUCUAUUUCUUUCUUUCUUUUUGAAAUACAUUCAUCCACUGUCUUUCCCCCUGCAGCUCAUAAUUACAGUUACAUUUUAUCACACUGUAUGCCUUCUUUUUACACGUCUCCAAAGCCUUCUGCUUUAUAUUUUUACAUGAAUGUAUCAGCAGGGGAAAAGGUGAGGUUUUUACAACAAGACAUGUGUCAAUGCAAAACACUUUGUCUGACAAAAGCUUGGAGAAAAGCGCUGCAUAAUAACUUAGAGUGAAAUACUUCCAGACAUAAGAAAAAUGUAAUUCAAGUAAUGAUCUUUAAAUUCAUUCCAGAAAUAAUAACACAUAAAAGAUCUCCCAGAUGUCAUUGUGUUUUUGACAUUGAAUAUUGUUUUUUCCUUAUAAACAGUUUGCUGUAUUAUCACCAGUACUGAAUACUUAAAUACUUUUAUCCACAACUAUCCACUCAUUUAAAAUACCUGCAAUAAAAUACUCUUGAGUCCUCUCUUAAAUCUCUAUCAAAUAUUGUGUUAUCCUUAUUAAUUUGUUACCCAGUCAAUAAUGAUUUUUGCCUUCUCAUAUAAUAUUGAUUUGGGUUCUCAUUUCAUUUAUGAGUCUUUAAAUUAACAGUCAUAAUGCAAAGAAAAGUGCAAGCUGAAAAUUAAAAAAAAGUCUCAUUAAGGGAUUCAUAUAUUGUCUUUUAAGGAACUGUGAGGUGAAGAAAUGCUUGAUUGAGGUACAUUUCCUAAUCUGUCUCUCAUGUUUCAUGCCAGAUUGUAAUAUCAGACUCCAUGACGUAACAAUUUAUUUGUAACUGUUGUUGAAAACAUUGAAAUCUUGUCGAAUCUGAAAACGUAAAAAAUGUUAGGCUUUUUCUCUUGGUUCAUUGUUUAAACGAUUGUAAUUAACACAUCUUAAGUGACAGAUUUGAAUUAUGUCCUGCUGUCAUACUGUCUAUUUUGUGUCAUAUUGACUGGAUAAAGGACGAAAUAAACGGACACUAUUUAGGCAAAGAGAAGUCAGGUUAACCCCAGACAGCUGAUUCUAGUAAAACCCAAUUCGAUCAGUGUGUGAAACAUUGAGUCAGCAAUUAAACGCUUAAAAGACCUCCUUUAAUUGAGAGGCCUCUUCUCUCCCAGAAGCUGCUAACUGUCUGCAAGAGGCUUUUAAUGUUUUGGCCUCACAUGACACAAAUACAAUACAGUAUGUUUCCUUUCAGUAAGUCACAUGAGGUUUCUGAACUUGAAAGCAGCACUCGUUUCCAGAGGAACUUACUGCACAGGGUGAUUUACUGGCACUGCACUGUUCUCAGGAAGGAUCUAACUGAGGCUGCUUUCAUGCACAGAAUACAUAUGACUGCCUAAUUCACUGAACAUGUCAAGUUAACAGGUCUCUAUCAACACACACACAAGUUGAAAAUAGGGUGCUGCUGUAACUCUAGUCAAAUGUAUGUAGAGAUUCAGAUUGAAAGUCUCAUUUUAUAUUAUUUCAUAUUAUUUUGUUUAAUCUGUAGGCUACAACUAAACAAGAUGUAAAAAUGGCAUAUCUUAGUUUUGAAGGGGAAUUAUGUGCUGGAAUAUUAAAUGAGUCAUGAAGUCUUGUCAUAGGUAGAGAGUUUCAGAUUUUGGACAGAAAAUAGCAGUUUACCCGUUUCCAGUCAUCAUGCUAAACUAAGCUAACAAGCGGCUAGCUGUAGCUUUAUUUGUAUCACACACAGUUAGUUAGCCCCAAGUUGAGUCCAUCAUGAAAUAUUGUUAGAUUUCAUUUAAAAGGCUUAGCUAGGGUUAUCUCUGUGACUUAAUGUUAUAUGUAAUGCAUAUUCAAAAGAGGCACAAACUGGGGCUAAUUUGUGUGUUGAAAAUUAAGCUAACACUACCAGACAGCUAGCCUAGCAUUAAAAGUGAAAACAGGGUAAAACGGCUAGUUUCACUUAUCCAAACAUAGUAAAAAGAAAUCCAGCUAGAAGCGCCCUGACACUCACUUUUUAAGACUCUGCUUUAAGUUACUGCUUGUGGACCAAAACACUAUUUGCUACCUAGUUUGUGUGCUAAGCUAAUCUAGCAGACUGCUGUUUGUCGCUUCAUAUUUACCGACAUGCCAUUGGUGUCAUUUUUUCAUAUAGAAGCUAAUGUGCAUUGUCACAUUCUUUAAAGCCUCAUCAUUAUCUCAAAUGUUUUACCAUGUCCACGAUGUAAAAGGAAACGUAGUAUCUGUAGAGCCUACGGGGGAUGGGAAAUGAAUGUCCAUAUUUGUGUGUAAUUUCUGGGAGUUGUUAACAUUUUGCACAUGAAACGCCUCAUGACUUUCCAAAUUACUCUUUAAUUUGACUUUGCACAUAGAUAUGUUUAAAGGGGACAUAAAUUGAACUGUAGCUGUCUUUUCUACCCUGCCACUCUGACAUCAAAAGCAUGAAUCUGUUGGGUGACGACAGCUAUGUCCUGCCCUCAGUGUUUCUUCUCACAGGAGUCGUGGUACAAUAAAAACUCACUUAUUUUCAACCCUCGGAGAUGUACAGACAAUAUCACUGUCCUCAAUCCUGCUGGGUUACAUCGGACAGUCUCUUGCUCCACUCUAGUUAUCUCUCAACAAACUGAAAUGUACUAAAAAAUAAAUAAAAUGUGACUA